AUGGAGCAAUUCAUGCACGUAUUAACCAAGCUUGAACAAGCGACUGAAGAGCUUAGCAAGACUUCGGUUUUGAUUGUUGACUCUAUCGCAACAUUCUUCCGUGGCAGUGUUCAUAAAGAUGACUUCCAGAAUUGGCGACGAGUGCUCACCAUUUUGUGCAACGUGGCUCUUCACCAUAAUGUUGCAGUAGUGAUGAGAUUCUCGGCUGUGCUUUCUGAACAAGGAAAUGUCGAAUCAUUUGCAAGGCUGUGCUUUGUUGCAAACGAAACACUUCAAGGGCAGGGGAAUUUUCUUAGUGUUAGGAUUCCUUCGAGUCCAGACUUCGAUACAUUUAACUUUGUGGGAAUGUCCGAAGAGAGAAAUGAAAUCGUUCUGGAACUUGACAUAGAAGUCUUUGAGAAAAGUGUUGCUGGAUCUUGUACUCAUUUGAAGAUGAAGCUGCGCCAGAAGCCAGAAGAGGGUCCAUUCCUUCAGCUGGAGCUUCGCGAUAGGUUGACUGUACAUGAAAUUCCAAUAAAACUUCUGAAGACUGCCUAUUGGCCGAAGUACCAACGCCCAGAUCUUCCUAAUUCUAUGAUGGGCAUUUAUUUCCCUCCCGUGAAAUCUGUCAUGAAAGUGCUACAUUCACUAAAAAAUGUUACCAACAAAAACAUUACUCUUAAAGUGAGCAACAGCGGGGAGAUGCACCUCAAAUGUCUCGUGGAGCACGCAGACAUUACGGUCUACUUCACUAAUCUGAUGAAUGAUACCAUGACAGGUACAGGCUGA